ACCUAAAAGCUUUUGAGAGAAGAUUGACAGAAUACGUCUCCUGUUUGCAACCUGCAACAGGGAGGUGGCGAAGUAAGUAUUUUCAGGUUCCAACUCUGUCUAACCAUAAUGAAUGACUAUAUUGCAACUGUCAAACCAUAAUCAACAACAUUUAAAGAGUAAAUUGCCUCCAAGCCUGAGUAUUUUGUGUUUUCUUGUAAAGGAUUCAGACCUACAUUAUUCUGCUAGUUGUUUUCAGGGGAUAUAAUUCAAUGUCUCACAUUCGUUUCAGUGAUUCUAAUAGUGGUCUCUGUUUGUACGGCGACUGGAGCCUGGAACUGGUUGAUAGACCCUGACACACAGAAGGUCAGUAUGUUUGUGAUAGCAGCUUGAUCGUGUAUGAGAUAAAGUAGGAUACCUUUCACACAGAUCAGUGUGUUUGUGAUUUUAGUUUGGUUGUGUUUCUUUGCCUGUCUCAUCUCUGUACCUCUGGCUGUUGUCUUUUCUCAGGUUUCUUUCUUCUCAUCAUUGUGGAACCAUCCGUUCUUCACCAUCAGCUGCAUCACUUUGAUCGCUCUGUUCUUUGCUGGAAUACACAAACGAGUCGUUGCACCAUCA